UCAGACUCUCCUGCCUCACUCCCUCCUUCACAUCUCAACAACACAUCAACACCCUCAAAAUGACUAUCAAACCGCCCUUCGGCCAUCCCAUCCGCAAUACCCACUUCUCCUUCUCCCCCACCUACGUACCUCUAAACCACGGCUCCUUCGGCACUUUCCCCCUCUCCGUCACCCAGCACCAAAACCAACUCCAAACCCAAGCCCUUGAACGUCCUGAUACAUUCAUCGUCUUUGAUCUCCCGGUCCUGAUCGAUGAGUCGAGAGCUGCAAUUGCCCCGCUCCUGGGGGUGGAUGUGGAUGAGGUGGUUUUCGUGCCGAAUGCUACCACGGGGGUUAAUGUCGUGUUGAGGAAUUUGAGGUGGGAGGAGGGAGAUGUGGUGGUUUGCUUUAGUACGAUUUAUGGGGCGUGUGAGAAGAGUUUGGUUAGUGUGGGGGAAGUGUUGCCGGUUCAGAUGGAGGUGGUGGAGUUGCAGUAUCCGGUUGAGGAUGAGGAGAUCUUGGGGAGGCUUGAGGAGAGAGUGGGCAAGGUUAGGCAAGAGGGAAAGAGAAUUAGGUUGGCAAUGUUUGAUACUGUGCUUACGUUUCCGGGAGCGAGAAUGCCAUGGGAAAGAUUGGUAGCCAAAUGUAAGGAACUAGAGGUGUUGAGUUUGAUUGAUGGCGCACAUGGAAUUGGACAUAUUGAUUUAAGAGAACUGGGGAAGGUGGCCCCAGAUUUUUUUGUUAGCAAUUGUCACAAAUGGCUCUACACUCCUCGCGGCUGCGCAGUGUUCCACGUCCCAUUCAAAAACCAACAUCUAAUCCGCACCUCUCUACCAACAUCUCACGGAUAUCAACACCCCAACAAACCACCCGAAAAGAUAGACGGCAAAACACCUUUCGUUCACCUCUUCGAGUUCGUCGCUACCAUUGAUUACAGUCCUUACGCGUGCGUACCCGCCGCUCUCUCCUUCCGCCAAAAGAUCUGCGGCGGCGAAGAAGAGAUCCGGAAAUACUGCUUCAACCUAGCUCGCACGGGCGGUGCAGCCGUUGCCAAGAUUCUAGGCACUCAUGUAAUGGAUACCAAGAGUGGAACGAUGAGCCAAUGCUGUUUUGCGAAUGUUGCAUUGCCGUUGGCGUUUGGAGAGGGCAAGAAGUUUGGGACAGAUGAGGCGCCGAGGAUUCAGAAGUGGUUGAAUGGGACGGCGGUUAGGGAGUUUGAUACUUAUUUGCAGAUUGCUUUGCAUGGGGGCAUCAUGUGGGUGAGGUUGAGUGCGCAGAUUUAUUUGGAGGGGAAGGAUUUUGAGUGGGUGGGGUAUCGUUUGAAGGAGUUAUGUGUGAGGAUCGAGGGAGGGGAGGUUGAUCGUUGAGAGAGUGACGAGAGGACGGUGGGUUUCAUUCACCUAUGAAUAGACCUUAGACAACAUUGCAAUGGACUUAUCCAUUCAAAGACAUUUCUCCUG